AUAAUUUUCCAGUUUCUAAGGACCUAUUUAUAUAUUUUAGGUUUUUUUGUUACUGUAAUACAGUAAUUUUGGUUUGUUGAUAGAAAUGUCUGACUAUGAUGAUAAAGACUCAUCUUCUGAUGUAGAUGAUGAAGAUUAUAUUCCUGAUAAACUUGAUGCAGAUGAUGAUGAUGAUGACCAUCAUGUAAAAGUAGACUCUCAUGAUGAUUCUGAUCAUGCGGUUUCCAAAGAUGAGGUGGAUAAAAUUUGGAAUACUUUCAAAGCUGAUGUAUCUAAAAUAGCACCAGUACACCAGGGUAAAGAUUCUAAUUCAGUUAAAAGCACUCAGUCGAUUGAUAAUGUUCAAUCAUCUGAAGUUUCUGAGCAAAAGUCAACGAAUGGCACAACUUCACUUAUUGGAAAUGAUAAAACGAAAGAAACAAUAACUGUAACAAAAGUUUAUGAUUUUGCUGGGGAAGAUGUGAAAAUAACAAAGGUGGUUGAUAAAAAAUCAAAAGAAGGACAGAGUCACUUGAAAACAAGAACUAUGGGAGCAUCAACUAGCUUGCCUUUAACAACCAAGCGCAAGGGUGGAUUACAAGGUAUUUUAGGUAAAAUGGAGAAAAGACCAAAACUCAGUACUCUUGAAAAGUCUAAAUUAGACUGGCAAAAUUAUAAAGAUGAAGAAGGUAUCGAAGAUGAAUUGAAAAUUUAUAAUAAAGGGAAAGAUGGUUAUGUCGAGAAACAAUUGUUUCUUGAAAGAACAGAUUUUCGACAAUUUGAAAAAGAACGAGAUAUCAGAUUAGGAAAAAUGAGUAGAAGAUGAAGCUUCUGUGUAAGAAAAACAUUUUUAAUGUGAAUCGUCUUAUGGGGUUUUCUGGGCAAAUAACUUUGAUAAAUGAUGGUGAAUCAAACAACAUAUUUAAAUGGCAUUUUGUCAAUAUCUCACAAAACAUGACUGUCGGCGGUCGUGUUGUGCCAAGGCAUGAAAAGGUCCUGGCGAUUAAGAACAAUAUUUUCAGGAAUUCAAUCUCUGUUUUCCAGAUGUUUAUUGGUAUUACAUCUUGAUUCUUUUUUCAUUCAUUUAUUAUUUGAUAUGGGAAUGUAUUGGUCUAGGCUAGGGGUUCUCAAACUUUUUGCGUCAGGGAGCCCGUGAAGAUGUUGACUAUUAUUUACUGAGCCCCACAAUGAAUUUAUAAAAAUAGAAACAAAAAAACACAUUGGUAUUUACAGAUUAAUGUUCCUGAUUCUGAGUAAAUUAAAAUUACCUUAUUCAAUGACUCGGAUAUGUUUUCUGCUUUGUAUUAAAAAUAUCAUGGAGCCCUGUGGCUUCGUCUGGAGCAAUUGGAGAACCUAUGAUCUAGGGCAGUGUUUCCCAACCUAUGGGUCGCGACCCAAAAGUAGAAAAAGUCGUCUGAAAAUCAUUUUGGGUCGCUUGUUUUUUCAACAAAAACUUGAAAAGUUACUAAUUUUAUAUUUCACUGUUUAUUAUUGAAGUUUUGCUCAAUAGUUAUACAUAUGGGAAGUAUCACUGCUAAAAACUUGGCAGCGUCUAUUUUUCUUAUAGCAACGCCACAAUUUCAAAAACUUGCUGAUGGAAAACAAGCUUUCUCAUUUUGAAGUGAUUUCUGGGAAAAUAACUGUAAAAUGAUAGUUUUAUAUUUAUAAUUUAAUUUUACGGCCAUAAAAGCACUACAUGGUGUUUAGUAUUUGAGCAUAUCCUUAGGGAUCGCGAGACUUACCGGUAAUAACAAAAUUUAAAAACACUUUUUAAAAACAUUGGGUCACCUGAAAAAAAGGUUGGGAACCACUAAUCUAGGGCAUAGGAUUGAAAUCAGGCUUUUGUUGAAACAAUAUUAUAGGAGUAAAGUGUUUUGUUCCACCAUGCUAUGCCUCUGCAAAGAGUAUGUCAUGUUAAUUGUAUUUCAAAUUUUGAUUGGGCUGUAAUAUAGACAUUGUUGCGCAGUUGUUCGUUCAUACAUUUUUAGCACCUGUAACUUUCCUUUAACUGUUUAAAACUCGGAAUUUUGCUAUCCCCUGCCAGAUUUUAUUUGUCGAUUAAAUAUUACUUGCGAUGCAA